GGCUCUUUGGUGCUGGCGGCCGGAGGAAGAUGACUAAGGGAACAUCAUCAUUCGGUAAGCGCCGCAAUAAGACCCACACUUUGUGCCGUCGCUGCGGAUCCAACGCAUAUCAUCUCCAGAAAUCCACCUGUGGGAAAUGUGGGUAUCCUACUAAGCGCAAGAGAAAGUAUAACUGGAGUGCCAAGGCUAAAAGACGCAACACCACUGGCACUGGUCGUAUGAGGCACCUGAAAAAUGUCUACCGUCUAUUCAGGAAUGGAUUCCGUGAAGGAACAACACCUAAGCCCAAGAGAGCUGCCAUUGCAGCAUCAUCUUAAGGAC